AUAGGAACUGAGGUCUAAGAUGAAGUUAUGGGACGUUUUGGCCACGUGUUUGUUGCUCCUGAACUCUGUUGCUACACGGCCUCUCUACCAAAACACUCAGCCAGCCAAGAGGCAUUAUUUCCCCAGCGGCUACAGUGAUUCUGCGUCCCUGUCUGUGGAGGAAGAAGAGCCAACGUUCCAGCGUAAAUAUCGCAACCUGCAGGAGAUCUCCAUGGAGGAUCAAUAUGACAACGCGGGUCCCUAUCCGGAGCAGUUUGAUGAUGUAAUGGAUUUUAUUGAGGCCACCAUCGGCAGACUCCGGAGAUCAUCGGAGCCCAGCGGAGGCUCCAAGGGACGGAGGGAGCAGAGACAGAGGGGCGCAGCAAACACAGGAGGCGCGAGAGGCGAGAGGAGAGGACAUGGUGACAGGAAGCGUGGUCGGGGACGAGGCGGAAGCCGAGGUGGGAAAGGAGGGCGAGGUGAGAAGGGGAGGGACAGGAUAGCGGUGCAGACCCGAGGCUGCUUGCUAAAGGAGGUCCACCUCAACGUGACAGACUUGGGGCUGGGCUACCAGACUAAAGAGGAGCUGAUCUUUCGGUACUGCAGCGGCCCCUGCGUGGAGGCGGAGACCAACUAUGACAAGAUCCUCAACAAUCUCACACACAACAAGAAGCUGGACAAGGACACGCCCUCCCGCACCUGCUGCCGGCCAAUCGCUUUCGACGAUGACUUAUCUUUCUUGGACGACAAUGUAGUAUAUCACACGCUGAAGAAGCAUUCUGCCAGGAAGUGUGCCUGUGUCUGAUGACGUGACAGACGAGAUCUACAUCAGUGAACUAAGGAUCACUGUUCCCGGCUGGUGGGAUCUCUGUUGGACUACGGUCACACCUGGUCGAAAAAGGGAGUGUAUUGACUCGUGUUUUUAUUGGCAGUCAAAAACAAUGGGAAAGCCAUUCAAAUAGCAAACUGUACAUUCAACGUUGACAGUCCAUGCUCAGUCCUUCAGAACCCCUGACCAGUAUAUGCAGGAGAAACGAGACUGUUACACUUUGCUAACUAACUGUGCUGUCUAAAAGAGGUGAGAGUGAAGAAAACUUGUUUUUGGUUUUUAUAGCUCCGGAGGAAUUCAUUUUCCCAGGAACAUCAGUUUUUCCAUAGCUGCUCCUAAGACUUCAGAGGAACGCGGAGAUUUGAGGAGUAUGAUCAGCUGCAAUCUAAAUUACUUUCACUGCAUAGUCUGGAUGUUGACAUUUACAUUCAGAGCCAUGGGAUGACAAAUACCACGGCGGAGUUCAGCAAAGACUUUCUGUUGCAACGCUACAUCUACAUAAAAUCCAUUCAUAUAUAUAUAUACAUACAUAAAUACAUAUAUAUGUAUAUAUAUACACACACGUGUGUGUAAGAGGUAUAUUUAUUAAGAUGGGAAUUAACUUAUUGUUAUUUAUUUCAAUCCAUUUUAUGAAAGAAAUUGUCAUUUUUCUUAUUUAUUUGAAAGCUUUGUUUGUCCUCGACGGUGCCACUGUGGAGCAUUUUCUCAAGCAAAAUCUGAAAAAGGUGAUCCAGAACUGCGAAACACUCGCCCACAAAUCCUAAUAUUGCUUAUUCGCUUCACUUAGAUUCCAGAGUUUCUCCGUUCAUGACACCAAAGGAUCAUCAUUAGCUAUCCAGUUGAGGGAGGGUAGUAAGAGACACAGAGGAGGGGACCAAUAGAAGAUGUUUGAGUGAAUUGAUUGUUUUUGAGCAUUUUGAGUAGAUCAUUCUUUUAAACACGUCACCUCAUUUUUCCAAAUGUGACCAUGCUAAGACAGGGGGGACUUCACACGUUGCUCUCUCGGCAAAUUACGCUUUGCUGCUGUUUAUUGAACAGAUUGAACAUCACUCUGACCAGGAGCCAUCACAUUUCUGAAUUUGAAAUCUAAAACCGACACGACAGUAGUGGUCUCUCUGAGGAUCUGCAGGUGCCUCAGAGGAUCCAUCCUUUGAGUCACAGAGUAUAGAAGCUUGCCAGGAUGCCUGCCUAUCAGCACACGUUACGCGAAACCUCACUCUAUACUUGCACCGAGUCUGUCAAAAGGCUUUGCAGCGGUUACUGUCCCAAUAGGCUUUAAAUUUCCUAAGACUGCUUGUGCUUCUGUCUCGACUCUGACAGACAGGUCUUACUGCCUGAAAAGGGAUUUGAAAGUGAUCCUCUAACAUGAGUCUUAAACCAAAUAUCCCCGUGGGGCAAAGCCAUGUUGAUGAAGGCAGUUUAAGGAAAAUCCUGCAACCGCAGCGGCUGUCAUCGCGGAACUGAUGUAAAUAUCACAAGACUAGAGGCUUGGACAAACGAAUAUGUUUUUGGAAUUAGAAGCAAGACGAUGGGUAGGCUCAACAUGCUUUCUACAUGUAAAAACUAGUUCAGCAGAGUUUCUUCCCCCCCAAACUAUAC